AUGGCGUCGGAGCAGAAGCGAAGGGCGCGUAUUAAGGACAAGAUGAAGUCUCUGCGCAUGCUCGUGCCGCACGUCGAAGGUGCUAAUACCGCGGAUUUCCUUAACGAAGUUUACGAUUACAUCGUCACGCUGCGACGUCGUGCGGACCCCCAUGAUCCAACUGACACCUGUCACCACCCGGUCGGCACCAUUCCCUGCCUCGACCUUAACGCGUCAGCCUCUACCGAAUCUAAAGAGGGCGACCGCGAAACCCGGCGGUGCUCCAUGCCCUCCGUGUGUGCCGCCGCCGCUCCCGCUGUCGUUUCGAAGCCUCGUUCGCGCUCCCCGUCAGACAUAGCCAAUACCGUCAACACGGCCAAUACGACUCAUACGGAACAGGAACAGGAACAGGAACAGACGCCUAGCAAGUUCUCUGCGCGCGUAGCGAUUCUGCAAGUCCAGGCAGGUUCGGACGCCUCGGCGCGUAAAGUAGCCAGCGGCGCUAAGUGCGAGACCGGGAAUACGUCCUCUCGCGGCGUGAGCAGCGGCGCGGAGGAGGUGGCUUGGAGCCGCUGCGGGUUGAAGCGGUCCCGCGAUUGCCGCAGCGACGAGGAGGGCGAAGUACAGUCGGACGAGCAGAGCAAGUCAGACCCUGCGCACGCGCACGCGCUCGAGCAGUGGCGGCAGCAGCAGCAGCAGGACUCCCCGCAGAAACAGGAGUCUUCGGCGGAAUACAGGCGCGUUGAUGACGUAGAGGAGGAUGUAGAUGAGGAAGGCGAGGACGACGAGGAGGAGGAGGGGGAAAUAGAGACGGAGGAGGAGGAAGAGAUGGAGGAGAGCGAGGAGGGAAAUGAGAGGGGGGAAAAGGAUAUGGACGAGCGUCAGGGGGGAGAAGCAGAGGGGGAGCGACAGAGUCGGCAGAUGGCAGCGGCUGUCACGGGCUCGCCUAGCCACGUGGAGCAGGGCUCAAGAGAAAGCCGACGCGUUUUGGUGGAUGGGACGGUCGGUGAGGAGACUGGCGGAGACGCUCGCGCGUCGGAAGCAGCUACGUCGAAGCAGCCUCUGCGGAGCACUCUUCGUUCGCUUCGUGGUGAAAACGCGGCUGCGGCGCACGGUGCUCCCGCCGCUCCCACCUCCUCGGCGGACGGGCCAGUGUCAGGGAAACAGGAAUCGGCGGGAGGCGGUAGUGAGAGUCAGGGUGUGGAUGCAGCUGCUGUUGCUGCUGGUGCAGAGUCGGAUGAGGCGGGUGUUGUUCGCCGACCGUUCGCGAAACAGGCGGAACAGCGGUCGCACGAUUCUCCUCCGGUUCAGUCGCAGCAGCAGCAGCAGCAGGAGCAGCAGCAGGAACAGCAGGAAGAGCAGGAGCAGCUGCCGCCGAUUACAGCGAGUAGCGGUGUGAAGAACGAAGAGCGUAAGCCGCUUACCCCAAAGACUGCGUCGAAGUCAGGUCUAGGCGCAAACCAGCAGCAUUUGAAGAAGCCAGCGUCGCCGUCUGUCUCGCCACCCAUGGUCACCAUUGGCCGGUCCUUCCAGCGCUCCGCCUUCUCCCCCGCCACAAGCGGAGCAUUUUCUCCGCCUGUUGUCGUACCCGCGCCUCAUUUGGCUUCGUCUCCGCUCCACCCAAUUCCGCGUGUCCUUCCUUUCACCGUCCCGCCCGCACCUUCCGCCACCCCCGCCACUGCCGCCGCUGCAGCCGCCGCCGCUGCGGCUGCCGCCGUCGCAGUCUCUGGUGCCUGCAGCGCUCUCCCCCCGCCGAGGCACCACUCUCCGCCCAUCCUGUCUCCGCUCCUUCCCGCCCCGCGACGCCUUGCGCCUGCGCCGCCCGCGCUGGCGGGGAUGUCCAGUGCUGCGCUUUCCGCCGCGCUUGCCAAGCCCCGCCCCAUUGCGCCGAACAACAAAGACAGGGCUGACGGGGGGAGUGUUGCGCCCUCCGCGCGCAUGUAUGCGCCAGUGCCGUGUGGCGGGCAGAAGGCGCAGGCUGCUGGUGGUGUAGCCAAGUCAUCCAGGCACCUCAAUGUCGUCUCCCUUCUCUCGCCCGGCUUGCUCCUUCCCAGGAAGCCCCGUGAAAUCCAGCCAGCGCCGCCCUCCCACGCCCGCCCGCGCUCCUACGCCCCCAUGAAGCCGCUACAGAAUCUCCAGAUGAAGCUACCGCUCCCGCCUGCCGUCCCCGUGCCUGUGCCCGUGCCUGUUGCCAUGUUGCCGCCUCCGUCUCACCUGCAUGGCGGCCCCAUGACGGCUGCUGCAGUGGCGGCCGCGGAUGCAGCAGCAGCCGCGCAGCAGUGGGGGGUGAUGGCGGCAGUGGCGCAGGCUGCUGUGCAGGCGCAACAGGCACACGCUAUGGCCUCCGCUGCUGCAGCCUCCGCAGCCCAGCAACAGCAGCAGCAGCAGCAGCAGCAGCAGCAGCAGCAGCAGCAUCAGCAGGACGAGGCAAAAGCUUCUACCAUGGCUGUCCAGCAGCAGCAGCAGAACCACCAGGCGCACCAGCAGCAGCAGCAGCAGAAGAAGCAUCACGGGGAGGGAGGGGGCGGUGGUGGCGCCAAAGCCAUGGUUCCCAUAGCACCAGCGCCGCACGCACUGCGCCCGCAGCAGGCGAAGCUGCCCACGUCAUUCCCUGGCCGCAUGGGGGGCCUCACUGCAACGUGCCCUGCACCUCCAGCCAAGCCUGCUUCUGCGCUCCCUCCUGGCAAGCGCCGCCGCCGCUCUGCUAGCAGCACAGCAGAGCCAGCAACUCGCACCACCUCACAGAUGGUGUUCCGGCCGAUUGCCAUGAAGCCGCGUCCGUAA